AUGGUUAAAGCUCGCAAAUGGAUUCUGAAAGAAGAUUUCAAAGGAGAGCCUACACUGGAGAAUUUUAAACUUGUAGAGGAAGACCUGCCAGAGCUUCAGGAUGGAGAAAUCUUCAUUGAAGCAUUGUUUCUCACUGUGGACCCUUACAUCAGGGUUUUCUCCAAUAAAGUGGGCCAACCUCCAGUAGGACAACAAGUUGCCAGGGUGACACAAAGCAAACAUGCCAACUACCCUGUUGGGAAGUUAGUUUUGGCAAUGGUUGGUUGGAGAGACAAGACAGUUAUUGCAGCGGAUGCUGAAAAUCCCUACUAUGUUCCUCCAUUUUCUCCACCAAAGGCCAUUUCAGAUUUGCCAGAUCUGGGUGAUUUCUCUCCUUCUUUAUACUUGGGUGUCCUCGGAAUGCCAGGAAUGACUGCAUACUUUGGAUUCUUGGAGAAAUGCCAUCCAAAGCCAGGUGAUGUUGUUCUAGUCAAUGCUGCAGCAGGGGCCGUUGGCAGUGUGGUGGGUCAGAUAGCUAAAAUCAAGGGCUGCACUGUAAUUGGUUCCACAAGUUCCAAGGAGAAAUGUGAUUGGCUUAAAGAACUAGGCUUUGAUCAUGUAUUCAACUACAAGGAGAUCAGUGUUGAAGAAGCUUUGCAAAAGUAUGCUCCUAAUGGUGUGGAUUGUUAUUUUGAUAAUGUUGGUAGGGAAUACACACGCACAGUUCUACCAUUGAUGAAUCGGCAUGGACGUGUUUGUGCGUGUGGCCAGAUAUCUGAGUACAAUGCUACUAAGAUACCUCCAGAUGUGUUGACGCGCAGGGAUAUAAUUAACACAAUCAUGCUGAAGGAACUUGUAGUCAGUGGGGUGAUGGUGUACACAUUCAGUGAUCGAUUCAACGAGGCAAGAACAGAAAUGGCGCAGUGGAUUAGAGAAGGAAAGCUGAAGUUUGCAGAAACUAUCCGAGAAGGAUUUUUAAAACUGCCUGAAACCUUUAUUGAAAUCUUCAAAAGCACAGCUAAAGGAAAAUUGCUUGUUAAAGCUUAA